AUGGCCGAGGACAUGCUGAUGUUAAACAUCUCUACAAAUCCUAUAACACCAACGUUCAACUCCCUGAAUAGACCCCACAAAUCUCUCUCAGGACGGGAGAAAUGGGCAAAAAAGAAAGACACUGCUAAACGGAAAGCUGUCUUUGCAACGCAGGAAGGCACCCCAACUAAGCAAAAGAAGUUUAACCAUUCUGGUCCAGAUAACCAGUCUUCGGAGCAAAGCCCCAAAUCCCAGAGAGCUCAGACGUCUCCCCUAAAGAGUGGCCACAAGCCGUCUGGGGAUAGUGGGGACGAAACAGAAAAACCUGUCACAAAAUCGUCAGCAAAGACGAAAACAUUUUCAAAGAAACACACAGAAGAACAGCGAGGCCAGGAGCGACCGUUCAUCAAAACGUCAUCGCUCUUUAGAAACAAUCCCGACAUUCCAGACGUCCAAAGCCCUGCAGUGACUAAAGUGAAGGAGAAAGUUUUCACAGGUAACUCCUUUGAAGAGUUGGACCUACAUCCUCACUUGGUGUCGACUCUAAACAAAGUUUUGAACAUAAGCAGCAUGACCAGCGUUCAGAAGAAGACCAUUCCCGUUCUCCUGUCUGGACGAGAUGCCGUGGUCCGCUCCCAGACCGGGUCUGGGAAAACACUGGCCUAUGGGAUUCCACUGGUACAGUCUUUACAAGCAGUGCAGCCCAAAAUAAAGAGGUCAGAUGGUCCUUUGGCAGUUAUUGUUGUGCCGACUAGAGAACUUGCUCAGCAGAGUUUCCAGAUCUUCCAGAAACUUCUCAAGCCCUUUACGUGGAUAGUGCCGGGCGUCCUGAUGGGCGGGGAGAAGAGGAAAGCGGAGAAAGCCAGGUUGAGGAAGGGCAUUAAUAUUCUGAUCAGUACCCCUGGGCGUCUGGUGGACCAUAUUAAAAACACUCUGAGCAUCGCCUUCAGUGCCGUGCGCUGGCUCAUUCUGGACGAGGCCGACAGGAUUCUGGACCUGGGUUUUGAGAAGGACCUGACUGUGAUAUUAAACGCUUUAAACAAUGACGGGCCAGCCAGACAGAAUGUGUUGCUUUCUGCGACACUCACAGAGGGUUUGUCCCGAUUGGCUGCCAUUAGCAUGAAGGACCCAGUGAGUAUCCAGGUUUCAGAGAACUCUGAGGAACCAGAAGAGACUGUGGAAUCUACUCCUCAGACAGCCAAUCAGAGCCUGACGUCCAGCUACGCCGUGCCAGAGGGUUUACACCAGCAUGUGGUGGUCGUUCCCAGCAAACUGCGUCUGGUCUGCCUGUCCGCCUUCAUCCUGGCCAGGUGCAAGUUUGAGAAGGGACAGAAGCUCAUCGUGUUCGUCUCCAGCUGUGAGGCUGUGGAGUUUCUGUUCACGCUCUUCAACGCCGUCCUAUUGGACAAGAAGGACGACCAAGCCCCGCCCCAGCACCAUCCGUCACUCAACUUCCUCAAACUCCAUGGCAACAUGAAACAAGAAGAAAGAACCGAAGUGUUUCAGGAAUUCUCUCAGUGCAAAAGUGGAAUUCUUCUCUGCACGGAUGUUGCAGCUCGUGGUUUAGACUUGCCUCAGGUCACAUGGAUAGUACAGUAUAAUCCACCAAUAUCAGCCGAGGAAUACGUGCAUCGAGUCGGCCGAACAGCCCGUAUCGGAACCACGGGCAGCAGCCUCCUCUUCCUCACUCCCUCAGAGACCUCCUACAUAGAUGUCCUAGCCAGUCACAACAUCAGUUUGGCAGAAAUGAAAAUGCAGAGCAUUUUGGCCACUCUGAUGCAAGAUCCACGUUUCAAGGGACGAGGGAAAUGGAACAAUAAGAAAUCCUCAGGUCCUAGCGAACAGGAAGUGCGUGAGAGAGCCACCGUUCUCCAGACAGAAUUUGAAAACUUCGUUCAUGCCAACCAAGAGGCGGUGCAGAGUGCCAAGAAAGCUCUGCAGUCGUUUCUUAGGGCCUACACCACCUACCCCUCCAGUAUGAAACACAUCUUCCACAUCCGGGGGCUGCACCUUGGGCACACGGCUAAGAGUUUUGGCCUGAGGGACGCCCCCGGGGGCCUGGCCUCCGCCACCGCCACCGCCAACCCCAGGGCCGGCAAGAAAGACAAGAACAAGGCCAAGGACAAGGAGAAGAGACCACCCAAGAAGCAAAGCAGCAAACAGCGAGAGGCCAGCCUCAUGCUUUCCGAAUACGCCAGCGGCCUUCGGCAAGGGCUCAAGUCGAAGAAAAAGAAGAAGAAAAACAGGCAAACUAACGCAGAGGAUCAGGAGAGAACGGAGGGGUAG